ACAGUCGUCAGUCAGUCGAGCAACCGUUUGCAUCGCGAGCCGUUUUCAAAAUACCAUAUAAGCGCAUUAGCAAAGAGUUGGGAAGCCGCACAAAGGAUAUACAAAAGGAAUCCGGUAGCCCGUCUUGUGUCUUGUUUACCGAAAAGCCGGCGCCACAGUGUCGCCAACCCGUCUACCUUCCUGUCUUGUAGAGAUUUUCUUUAGAUAGCAUUCUCAGCGCGAAACCUAAAACUACUUCAAACUAUGUCGGCGCCUAUUAAAUUUAUUAUUGCUGGCUUUUGCCUGCUGGCUACCGCCUACAACAUCAGCGCACUUGAACAUCAGCAUUUGCAGUGCUGGCACUGCAGCUCGGACACCAUUGGGGCGGAGGACUUCUGCGAUGUGACCUUCCAGGAGGAUAAUAUACCCACGGAACUGAUAAAGGAGCGCAACAUAAACCUGCAGCGCACCUGCAACAGUACCAUCAACUCGGAUCACGAGCGUCCUGUUUGUCGCAAAACUGUUGAAGAAUAUAAUGGCAAGAUCAUAACUAAACGCUUUUGCUACUACACCAACAAGUCAGAUCCAGUGGAUCUGUGCAAUGUGACCAGCCCCGAGAAGAAUGUGCGUCGAAUAUUCUGCGAGGAUUGCGUCACAGAUCGCUGCAAUGGCGCCGCCCGUCUUGUCGCCAUCUUGGCAGCCAUUUUGCUGCCCGCUCUGGCCGUGGUCCAGCAGUUGUCCAACUAGGCGACAAUCAAGCUACAAUUGUAUCUCUAUUUUAGUUGGAACGUGAUAUUUUGUUUAGCCCCGUUUGCUAAGCCAACUGCUGAUUAACAUUUAAAUUUUACUUAGUUUAGUUGUAGACAUAUUCCUUCGUAGUUCUUUCAAUUUAAGACCUAAGUUAAAACUCUCUAUUUUUAAACAUAAUUUUAAACUCACUUUAGAUUUUGCUUAAAUAAUUUAAAAUAAAAUAAUAAAAACAAAUCUGAUAAACAAAUUAGUCAACUAGCUUCGCUUAACAACAAUGUUAACAAACAAACAACACAGCAGCUAUUUAUUGUUCUAUUAAAAUACAUAUACCACAAAAAUAAUAAUAAUGUAAACAACAAAACUUUUAAUGUACAAGUCAAACACCGCAUGCAUUCUUCAAUGUAUUUAUCACAGUUGUAUAAACCAAACACACACCUAAUAAAGUUCAUUAUCUA